GAUACAGUCACAUUCAAUUUUUGCGGCGUUCCAUUCUACAUGGACAACGAAAUCAGCGUUAAGGAUGAAGUGGACGUAGAAAUUAGUCCACAUUGCAUUCAGACAGACGUGAAAAGCGAACAAUCGCCAGCCAGAGACGAUGAGAACGAGUGCACUCCCUUGCGAGAUGACUGUCACCCAUCAACGGAGCCAACGUUUUUCGGUUCUGUCAAUGCCGGUUGGGAAAGCGAUGCUGAUGAGGAUGAAGCCAUAGUUACGACACUGCCUCCGUUCCUUGGACUAGAUAAGUCCAUCAAAAGCAGCCCAACUAAUGAUAAUGAUUUAACACCCAUCAGAGUGUCAGAGAGGGACCAAUCCAACUCUGCGGACACACAGUUUGAAUCUCAACCGAUCGGUGAUGUUGCCGACGUGCCGGACAACUUUUUGGACGACUUGGAGGCUGAUGCAAUGGUGACGGUGCUCGAAACGAUUGUAAAGGAGGAAGAAAACAGUGAAUUUCCAUUUGGUAUUCUUGCUGUUCGCUCGGCUGAGGACUUACAGGGCGCUACAAAUACGUGCAGCCGACAGGAUCAAUUAGACGACAUGGAUCUGGAGAGGCCGCCAACAGAGACACAGCAAUACUGCGAAUACACCGAAGAGGAGUUAAGCGAGCGCAUUGACCAGCGAGUCAAGCAGCUUGAGAAAUUGAAGAAAAAGAACAAAAAGAACAAAAAGAAUAAAAAACACAAUGGUCACAAAAAACGAAGUCGCAGCCAAAGUCGUAGUCCGCACUCUAGCCGUAAGGAGCGUCGUGUUGAUCACACGCCUACAUCUAGUACUUCCAGACAUCUUUUCACAUACGAAGUAAAAGCAGAACCCGCUGAUAUAGACUAUAUCCCGGUGCAAGAUAUUGAGAAGAGUGUCGAGGUUAUUGCUCCGAGUAAAUCAUCGGAUAUAGCUACUGAAGUACGUGCAGGAGCUGCUGCUCCUUCACCAUUGCUGACCAUUAAGGAGAAGCGCAAGCUGGCUGUGGAACGUGCAAAAGAAGUGCUUAGUCUAUUGCGUCUACAAGAUUCCAAGGCACCGGCAACAGAAUUUCUUGUGGUAGACACCUAUAUUAAAAAGCUGCCCACCCGUGCAUCCUUUACGAGCAAUGAUAUCUUUGAGAGCCCAUCGCCACUGUGCAACAACUUUAAUGUGAAAUACAGGUUCAACUCAACAACAGCAUCCAACAUAGAUGUAGCCAAAUGGGGAUUGCAGCGCUUGCCGGAAGAGACAACUCAACUACUACGCAUCACCGGAAUUGAUGCGUCACGCUUGAUGGAGCUGAUGGCAAAUUCAAAGAUGGAUUUGCAUAAGCUGCGCUCCCAGCAGGUUUCAAAUAAGGCAGAAGACGAAUACGCAUCCACAGGAUUAUACACGAGUGUAUCUACCCAAACUGAUGCACUCAACUGUUAUCGAGAUGUUGCCAUCCAGGCAACGCCGGCAUCCAAUCAAGGCGUCUUUUGGCUACAGCCUAGCUUUGACAAGAUUCACUUGGUGCAGAGCCAAGCGAAUGUUAUGCUAGCACUGAAAGAACUCUCCUCAAGAAUGCCCAGCUCGAGUGCCUGGGCCGACAUGCUUUUCCAGAAGCUUCUCCAGGCGUUGGCAAUCCAUCGAGCAGAAGCCAAUGAAUUAGCGCGCUAAGGCGAACAUUUCGAUUCAAAUCAUAUCCAAAUCUACAGAUGACUCAAUAGCAUAUUUUAUACUUAUAUUAAUAAGCAUUAAUUGGUUUGUAAUACUUAACAAACAAGUGAGUUGCUUAACACGAAAUUGGCGCCAAAAAUAUAAAGUUGUUCCGCACGAAGUACUAAAUAUUAUUAGACACAAGGAUAUGACUUAAAUAAAACAGAGGAUGAAGAACUGAA